UUUCAGUUCCCGUGCAAAUCCCGAAGCGUUUGGUUGUGUCUCCGCACAGCACAACACAUCACAUCCUUUGCACUCGCCUCCUGCGAAAGUCGCGCGCGUAUUUCGGACUUUUGUGCUGGCCCGGAAAGUAGGCAACACGGAUUGUGCUGUCCCGGAAAACGUGGGAUAUGUGAACUGUGUGUUUCCCCUCAAAACGCGAGCGAAUGGUGCAAGAAGUCUACAUUACAAACUGCUGCUGCCCCAAGUGUGUGGUGUGUCCUUAAAGCUUUAACAUUGCUCGAAACGUAGGAUUUUUAUGAAUGAACCGCUUAGGCGGCAAGCGGUACUGGAGGCAUCAGCUCUUGCCCCAAAAACCCAAAAGCCGUUUACAUUUUUCAGUGAAAUUUGUGCUGAGGCGCUGAGGCUGAAGGAUAUAUGAGACUCGAAGAGAGAGCGUGUCCUGUCUACAAUUACCAAACGCUUUUGCUGGAAAUACCAUUUGAUACACGAAGAAAGUCAAGCGGUUGAAGCGUUUUAAUUGCCUUCAACAGAAAGGAUUUCCUGCUGCUGUCCGAAAGUGCGUGCGAGUCCGAGUCCGCCUUCCAUUUCUUCGAACUGUGCGUGCGUGUGUGUUAAAGUGAAGUGUGCGCGUGUCGCAGACAGGCAAAGGACCUCAAACAGGCUAAAUCUCCUAGGCCAGACAAGCCUUUUCGACCCCGUCGACAGCCAUCAAAGCGGCUUACCCCAUCAGCAGGCAGUGCGGUGUCUGGAGAGAAGCACUCACAUACAUACAUCAGGACAGGGACAGUGUUGGUGUUGGCAGGCUGCAAUUUGCCAACAAAUAGAAUCACAAUUAUGGGAAAUUCGAACCAAACUACGUCAACGUUCAUUAACAACCAAAGCUCAGUAAACACCAACAACAACAGGAAGUACAACAACUACAACAUCAAAAUGUAAAGGGCCCUGAGAGUGGACUUUAAAGAAGGGCCCGCUCAGCUUUUGCUUGGAAGUGGGCUAAAAAAAGUAGAAGGCAAGGCAGCACCAGGAAACCAAGCAUCACAAUUGCAACAACUACUCGGAGGACAAAAGCAAUACAUUCAACAGAAACAGCAACGGAAAAACCGCCAACAAGCAAACAAAAAAACCUUCAACAACAAGAAGAACGAACCGCCAGAAACCACAGAAAAAUACGCAACAUAAAUGAAGUUAACAAUCUGUCAAAUUGCUAAAUUAUUUCUGCUGUUGACAGCCUUCUUCUUUCUCAAUUCCCCCCAUAGUGUUGCCACUACCACAACCAACUCCUACAUCAGUUCCUCCUCCUCCUCAUCUUAUACCACUUCCAGAUCCAUCUCUCAGCCAGCCAACAUUUCGGUGUCCUCAUUGGGUGUCCUUGUCCUGCAAACGGCCAAGAAAGCAAGUGAAUCUGGUGCAGCAUCAACAGCUGUGGCUACGUGGACUUCCGCUACGACAGCAGCAACAGCAACAGCCGCAGCUGCAGCAGAAACAGCAACAACACUUAGCAGCAAUUCAAUUUGGAAACCAGCAACAGCCACAGAAGCAACAUCAUUCAGAAGGAACCCACGUAAUGCGCGUGAAGCUGAACGUCAGAGACGUCAAAAUCAACAGGACACAGAGCAACAGCAGAAAGAGCAACAGAAGCGACAGCAACAUCCAGAUAAGGGGCAAGAAGAGCAGCAACAUUAUCAUCAGCAACAGCAGCGAAAGGUGCAACAAGAGGAGAAGAGACAGCAACAAUUGCAACAGAACUUGCAACAUCAGAAGCAAAAACGUCAAAGAAGACAGCAGAAACCACACCAAAAAGCAAUCCCCAAAGCCCAACGGGUGGGCGUUUUAAUACCCCCAUCAUUGCACACGGAUAUGAUGCAUGUGCAACAGGGUUUCCACAAUUUUCUCGACUUUUUCCAACUGCACUUGUCUAAUGUCAGCGUCGAUUUUCUACGUGAUGUGGAUUUAAGUGGCUUCAUUAAAUUACUGGAGCUACCGAAAUACACCAGCGUUAUAAAGACUUUAAAUGCGGGCAUUAAUGCAGACACCGACGUCGACCUGAACCUGAAUCUGAUCCUGAACCAAAAUGGAAACGAUGGGAAUAGCUCUGGAAAUGUGGACAUUGACCCAGCCAAAAGGCAGCUGCCACGUCAGCAACAUCAGCAGAAGCCGCAGGAGCAGCAGCAUCAUCAUCAGCAGGAGGCCAAUGUGAGUCAGUUGUCAGCAGGAGACUGGAAGGAGAGGAAUCAUUGGAACGAUGCCCGCAGCUUGGGUCACUGUCAUCAGCUGGCCGAACAACUGGCACACGAUUAUAAUAAGACCAUCGUCCUGUGGCCCUGUCCGCGAAUGAAAAUCUCGAGCAAUUUUCUGCCAUCAUUCGAGGCAAUUUCCCUGGCCGUGCAGAGCAUUGCCAGCAAACUGAAUUGGUCGCAAGUUGAUAUCUAUGUUGGCGAUGACAAUUGGGGCCUAGGACUGGCCAUUGCGGCCAACUUGCAUGUACCAUAUCGCAUUGAAAUUGGCAGGACAGUACGUGACCUGCAUGGCCAGGAUAAGCCAGGCAAAGCAAUUAUUAUCACGGCCCCACUGAACGAUGACAGUACGCUCCGUUUGCUGGCCAGCAUGGAAAAGGUGGAAGCGGAGGUGGAGGUGGAGGUGGAGGAUGUGGAUGCGGCGCCUCCAACCAAACUGCAUACGAAAAUACUGCUCAUCGAUAUGGUGGCCAACUCAUUGAAUGUCGAGCAUCGUUUCUACAAAUAUCUGGCCCGCCUUCGCCGCCGCAGUCGCCACCCACCGCCACCACUGCAGCAGAUGGUGGUGGGUGGUGGGAACUCGAGCUCCGUUUCGGGACUGGUCACCAGCAAUCUGUUGGUGCUGACGCUGCUAAGCGAUAAGCAUCGACACUUUCUGAAUGCCGCCGGUCUGAUGGGCACAAUGCAGAAUUUUCGGAUGCCACCAAAGGGAGAUGACGGCUCGACCGGUGGAACCCCCACUGGCUCCGAGGUCCAUCACAAUGCCAGUGUGAACGAACUUUACCCUUACAUAAAGCUCUUUCCCCUCUACGAUCUGAUUGUCACGCACAUUGCCACAGCAGCAGCGUCGGCGGCGGCGUCGGACCAAGUGAAUGCCAGUCGAACGGAAGCCAUUCCCAAAUAUGAUUUCAUAGUGCUGGACAUUGUGCGGGAUGCCAGCAGCUACAAAUGGCGGCCGCUGCUCAUCCUGGAGUGGAGUGACAGGAGAAGGAUGGUGAAUGGUGGAGGUGCUGCUGCUGGUGCAGCCGACUCUUACAUCACCCAUUCCGUGCAACCGGGCUACGAUGAAUGGCUGCUGGUGAGCAGCGUCCAAUUGUGGCAUUGCGGUGCCAUCUGUUGGACCAUCGUUGCCAUCUGUGUGGGCCUCCUGAUGAUCAUUGUGGCAGGCAGUGUGGCCGCCGGAAUAGCCCUGAGAAACUAUUUCCUGCGACAGCGUCUCUCCAAGGGACCCAACAAGAUUGUUCUAUCCGCCAGUGACUUUGUCUUCCCAGUGGAUUCGCGAAGGGUGGAUGAGGGCAUUGAGGCCAUGCUCUGCUGUUGGCUGCAGCAGCUCCAGGAGUUUGGCGGCCCCGAAGUGGACAAACCCGAUCUGCUCAAGGGCUCCAUUGGAUCGUUGAAGAACCUGGGAUUUGUGAUACCCGGAGCAGCAGCAUCCACGGGUGCUGUGGGUAGUUCCACAGCGACAACGGUGAACGGAAAGCGACUCUCCUCCGCCACGGGUAGUCUGGCCAGGCACAAUCCCGCACAUCUGGACAUGAGAGCACGCUACAACGGGGAUCUGGUGCAGUUGAAGGAGAUUCAUAUGAAUGGUUCCCCAGAGCUGCGUUCCAAGGCAAUGGAUCUGCUGGUGAUGGCCCAUGGACUGAGGCACGAGAAUAUCAAUCCGCUGAUUGGCUGGCUCUCGGAUCCGAAUCGCACGGCCAUGGUGUUUGACUAUUGCUCUCGGGGAUCGCUGCAGGAUGUGCUCAUCAUGGAUGAGAUCAAGCUGGACUGGUCCUUCCGCCUCAGCCUACUCACGGACCUGGUCAGAGGCAUGCGUUACCUACACACCUCGCCGCUGCGCGUUCAUGGCGCCCUCACCUCUCGCAACUGUGUGGUGGAUGCCCGUUGGGUGCUUAAGAUCACCGACUAUGGCCUCAAUUCCUUCUACGAGGCUCAGGCCCUGCCACUGAUGCCACGCAGCGCCAAGGAGCUGCUCUGGACAGCGCCCGAGCUGCUGCGUCUCAUGAAGCAGCACGAGCAGCAGCAUCUGCAUCACCACCAGCACCACGGACGCAUUCAGUUUGGCACACAGCUGGGGGAUGUCUACUCCUUUGGCAUCAUCAUGCAGGAGGUUGUAGUGCGCGGGGAGCCCUACUGCAUGCUCUCCCUCUCCCCGGAGGAUAUCAUUGCAAAGAUCAAGAAGCCACCGCCACUGAUACGUCCCUCCGUCUCAAAGGGUGCCGCUCCGCCCGAAGCCAUCAAUAUCAUGCGUCAGUGCUGGGCCGAACAGCCAGAUAUGCGACCAGAUUUCAAUUCCGUUUAUGAGCGCUUUAAGAUGCUAAAUCAUGGUCGAAAGGUGAACUUUGUGGACACCAUGUUCCAGAUGCUGGAGAAGUACUCGAAUAAUCUGGAGGAGCUGAUACGAGAGCGCACCGAUCAAUUGGAUAUUGAAAGAAAGAAGACUGAACAGCUGCUGAAUCGCAUGUUGCCAAGUUCUGUGGCUGAAAAACUCAAAAUGGGCUUGGGCGUGGAUCCCGAAGAGUUCUCCGAUGUGACCAUAUACUUUAGCGAUAUUGUUGGUUUUACAACAAUUGCCGCGCACUGCAGUCCCGUGCAGGUUGUCGAUUUACUGAACGAUCUCUACACGAUAUUUGAUGCCACCAUAAAUGCUUAUAAUGUGUACAAGGUGGAGACCAUUGGGGAUGCCUAUAUGGUGGUGAGUGGACUGCCCGUUAAGAUACCCGAUCAUGCCGAACAGAUAGCCACCAUGGCCUUGGAUCUGCUGCAUCAGAGCGGUCGCUUCAAUGUCAAGCAUCUGCCUGGUGUGCCUCUCCAGCUGCGCAUUGGCCUGCACACAGGUCCCUGCUGUGCCGGUGUGGUGGGCCUCACCAUGCCGCGUUACUGUCUCUUUGGCGAUACCGUCAACACAGCCUCCAGAAUGGAAUCUACAGGUUCCUCUUGGCGCAUACACAUGUCACAGGAGACGCGAGAUCGCCUGGAGGUGCGUGGUGGCUAUGCCAUAGAGCCGCGUGGCCUCAUCGAUAUCAAAGGCAAGGGCAUGAUGAGCACCUUCUGGCUGCUGGGCAAGAAGGGCUUUGAUAAGCCACUGCCAGCACCACCGCCAAUUGGGGAGUCGCAUGGCUUGGAUGAGUCCCUCAUCCGGAACUCCAUCACCCUCAAGGCGCAGGCCAAUAAAUCCCGCACGAGCACAAAUCCCUCAUCAUCGCAAAGCUCCUCGCUGGCUGGGGAAUCUGUGGAGGUGAAAGUGGAGAUAACGCCGCCAGCCAAUUCGGAUAUGGCAUCCGUGGGACAUCUGCCCAAUUCGUAUUCGCUGGACUCCAAUUCCACCAACACGAUCAGUCCGAAUGCCACACUCUGUCCGGAGUUUCCCGGCAAGGCGACGCCCAGCAGCACGAGUCCACAGAGCCGUAAGCUGUCCGAACUAACGCCGGAUAAUCUAUUGAAUCCGAACAGCUUCAAUCGGCUGCCCAACUCCACAGGCGGCUCCAGUUCGCGGCUGUACAAGAAGAUCGAGGAGAUGAUGGACCUCAGUUCGCCCUACAACCACUACAAGUGUCUCAGUCCCAGCGAGAGCAACCUGACCCAAUUCUACGAUGGCAAGUAUCUGUACGGCAAUGCGGGGGCCUGUCACGGCAUUGGGCCGGCUGGCGUGGCCAGUGGACCGGGCAGCGGUGGUGGCGGCGGCUCGAUGGGCGGCAGUACGGCGAAAUUUGAUAGCAAACCCAACUCCACUCGCCUGCUGCGUCGCCAGUUCAGUCUCGAUCGUGACGACCAGCAGGCGAAGGGAGAGCAACUGCAUCAGCACUCACUGCAGGCCACCAACUACGCGGCCUUGGUGAGUGCCAGCAAGAGCUCGAUGCUGGACAUUCCCCUCAUCCAUGACAUGACAUCGCGCAGUCCCAAGGGCACACUGACGCGCGCCCACAAACAGAACUCAUCGUCGAUUACCCAGGAUCUGGAGAAGAUCGAGGAGAUUCCGCUAUCGCCGGCCUCGUCGCAGCAUCACAGCAGCCUUGACAGCAAUCUCAAUCGUAGUCCGCCCUCCACACUGGAGGCGCAGUCACCGCCGCUGCCGCCCCUGGCACUGAGUCCGCCCCUCCUGUCGGCCCCCACAUCGCCAGCGCCAUCCCGUACCCUCAAUGGCAUCUAUGCCCACAGUCCCAAUAACAACAACAGCCCCAACAAUGGCAGCCCCAAUGCUGCCCCAGAGCUGACCCUGAAUGUGGAGCAGCUCUUGAGCAGAUAGAGCACAAUCUAAACAACAACAACAAAAAGCAAGCUUUAGGUCCUCAAGAAGGCCAAAAAAAUAAACCCGAUUUGAGUGUACGAAUACGAAUGAAUCUGAGUGUGAAUAAGAAUGAGAGUGAAAGUGAAUGAGUUGAGUUGAGUUGAGUGGCAAGUGUUGUGAUGUGGAAAGCAAAGUACCUCGGAUGCAUGCAAACUUGCAAACAGCUGCAAAAUGAAAGUACAAUUUAGUUGAGGAUUAUUAAUACCCAUCAAUGUCCAUUGUUCCAUAGAAUGAAUUCCAUAGAAAGAACCUCAAACUCAGUCUCAAUGAGUGCCAAAAAUCUAAACCAAAAAUCUAAAGCCAAAAAUCUGAAUAUCUGAAUAUCUGAAUAAUCAAAUGCAUCUGAAACUUCUCACUGACUGUCUCUCGUAAUCAAAAUAAAACAAAAAGAAAUAACUAUUAUAUAUCUGAUCUGAUCUCUGAUGUAAACUUUCGGGCUGUUUCUCUGUUCCACUUGCAUGGGUUUUUCAAUUACAAAACACUAAACAUUAGCAUAUUAAAAUAUACACAUAUAAAUAAAUAAAUACAUAUAUAUUAUAUACAUACAUGACGAUGUUCCUUUUUCGAGAAUCAAAGAAAAUAAUUAGAAAAUUGAAUUCAGUCACAGAAUAUUUAGUGUAUUCCAUACAUAAAACAUAUUUACGAGUAUCGUAUAAGUAUUUGCGCGUACGUGAAUUUAGUUUUCUAAAGACAAUCGUUGUUACUUUUAAAAUGAAAUUAAAUGAAAUGAAAUAUAUAGAAAUCUAAACUAUAUUGUAGAAAGGAUAAGAACCGAAAAGAAUCGUUUGU